UUCGCCGUGAAGCUGUGCCUACCCCCUUCCAACCCCAUUUCUGGGAUCUUCCUGUGCAGUAAGGCAGCAUUUCCCCUCCCUACUCCCCCCCCCCCCCACCACACACACACACACACACACACACACACACACACACAGAGGAGCUGGCUACACCUCCCUACACUUCACCCCCCAACCCCCCUCUCCACCCACCUGGACGGCAGCUCUUCCUCUCCUCGGUGCAUCAUCUGAAAGCCGGGGCUCCACUGUUCUGCAUGACUCUGGGAUCGAGCCUCCCCAUCGCCCUCCUGCUCCCGCUCACCUGCGGGUUGGAGUUUGUGGUCAACCCUGCCAACCUGACCAUCUCCCUGGGCCUGAACGCUCAGAUGGGAUGUCGGCUGAAGGGGUUCUCGGGACAGCCCACCAUCGGCUGGGUGAAGGACGGCGAAGAGUUGCAGAGCGCAGAGUUCAUGACUGUUCACGUCAGCGAGGACGAGUUUCUCAGCAACAUCAGGUUGGUGAAUGUGCAGCAGACAGACAUGGGCUGGUAUUGGUGCGUAGCCACAGUGAAUGGCACUCACACUAACUCGAAAAAGGCGUUUCUGGCUGUCGAAGGUCUACCGUACAUCACAGUGCAGCCACAGGACAGCAUCGUUUUUAAAAAUACACCCUUCAACUUGACAUGUGCUGCUAUUGGAAGGCCAGAACCGACCGAGAUUGUGUGGAAGAUGGGGGAGGUGUUAGUUGAAGGGACAGGGAAGGAAUCUCCUUCUGUGCUGACACUUAAAGGAAUCGACAGGCCGACCACCUUCACUUGUGAGGCACGCAACUCAAAGGGAGUCGCUGUUUCCAGGACAGCGAGUGUCAAAGUCAAAGUCCCACCAGCCAAGCCGGAUAGGGUGAGCAUCGCCAACGAGACCGCCAACAACGCCACCGUCAGUUGGACCGUCGCCUUCGAUGGCCUCUCGAAUGUGCUGAACUGCACAGCUCAGGUUUCCAAUCUCGACAUGGCAGAUUCUAGGUCAAAAACCAACAUAUCCUUUGAGAGAACUUUCAGUGUGCCACCAUACAGAUAUAUCAUCAGUGGCUUGCGGCCCUUCACUACCUAUGGCAUUAGACUCAUGUGUAGCAAUGAAGUGGGGCAUUCUGAAUUCACUGAGUGGAUUUAUUUCCAAACAUCUGAAGCAGGGCCAGAAAUGCCAGAGCGAAGGACCACCUGGGCCCCUGUGAUAAUUGGAGUUCUCUGUGCUGCCUUAACUCUGAUCAGCGUGCUGCUGGUCAUGUACCACAUCCGCAGAAAGGAAAUGCAGUUUGGAGAGGCCUUUGGCCCUGUUUCCAAUGGAGUGGGCCAGAUGGUACAAUAUAGGGCAGGAAGAGUCUACAAUCGCAGAGGGGCAGAACGCAUCGAAGCAACUUUCGACACUUUGGGAAUCAGCGACGCUCUGAAGCAGAAGCUGGAAGAUAUUUUCAUUCAUGAGCGACAGCUGGAGCUGGGGCGCACGCUGGGUAGAGGGGAGUUCGGCUCGGUCAAGGAGGCUUACUUAAAGAUGGAAGACGGGUCCUGUCAGAGGUUGGCUGUGAAAAUGCUAAAAACUGAAAUCAAUGCAUCUGGGGAUAUUGAGGAGUUCCUGCGAGAAGCAGCCUGCAUGAAGGAGUUCAACCACCCCAAUGUCAUUAAGGUGAUUGGGGUGAGCCUGCAGAGUCGAGCCCAUCGCCGGCUUCCAGUCCCCAUGGUUUUGCUUCCCUUCAUGAAACAUGGAGACCUCCGUACCUAUCUGGUACUGUCCCGGCUUGGAGACCAGCCAGUGGACAUUCCAGCACCUACACUCCUGAACUUUAUGAUUGACAUUGUGAAAGGGAUGGAGUACCUCAGCAGCAAGAACUUUGUCCACAGGGAUCUGGCUACACGCAACUGCAUGCUGGACCAAGACAUGCACGUGUGCGUGGCAGACUUCGGCUUAUCCCGUAAGCUGUAUAGUGGUGAUUACUAUAGGCAAGGUAGCACCAGCAAGCUGCCCGUUAAAUGGAUUGCGCUGGAGAGCUUGGCAGAUAACAUGUACACGGUUCACAGCGAUGUGUGGUCGUUUGGAGUCACCAUGUGGGAGAUUGCAGCGAGAGGUCAAACCCCGUACCCAGGGGUUGAGAAUGCAGAGAUUUACGAGUACCUCAUCCGAGGGCACAGGCUGAAGCAGCCCCCAGAUUGCACUGACGAACUGUACAAGCUCAUGCACAAGUGUUGGCACACCGACCCCAAGCUCAGGCCCUCCUUUGAAUCUUUGAGGACGUCGCUGGAAGGCCUCUUACAGGGCCUUUCUACCGCCUCAGAGACAGAGCAGCAUCUCUACAUGAACUUACGGGAAGGGGCAGGGGCUACAGCUUCGAAUCAAGGCCGCAGCAUGGCCUGCUGGGAAAUGGAUGGUCAAGGUGCGGACAAUUUGGAGGCCUUGGCUAUUUCAGAGACCGCUGACUAUCGCUAUGUGACUGCUCCUCUGGGCUUUAUGGAAGACGGAACAGAGGAGACCUCGGCAAAUGAAUCGGAGGAUCCGGUACAGGAUGGACAACUGGAAGAUGAAGUCACGAUAAAUCCUUAGCAACGGGAAACUUAAAUACUGAGCUGUGCAAUAAUGAAACUGAGGGGGAUCCUCUCAGCUGUGCCUUGGUACCACACACGGGUCGAACACUUGUUGGUGACCACCCUCGCUGGGAUCCAGAUCCAAAAAAGACCUCUGAGAUUUCAACAAGAACUGAAGCAAACAGUUUAUUUAUAUCUCCUUGAAGAUCAAAUGUCACUCACUGGACAGAUUUACGUGCAUUUUUGUUUGACUUGAAUUUAAACUAGUAGUUUCCUUUUUUUAAAAUUGUUCUCAUCGGGCAGGCCGACUUGAUUAAGGAUGCAAUGAUUUUAGAUGUUGGCUCAAUUGACGAGGCUGCUGUCAGAAUGUGCAGGAGCGAUUGUCACGCAAAACAAAAAGAGAUUUGCAUUUAUGUCGCACUUUUCUCAACCAUUGGGUGUCUCAAAGUGCUUCGCAAAUGUGAAGUACUUUUGAAGUAUUGUAAUGUAGGGAAUGUGAUGGCACAGUAAGCUCCCGCAAGCAGUAAUAAUCUUUUUUCUUUGUAUGAGUUUGAGGGAAUAAUAUUGGCCAGGAUCCCAGGUUUGGAAUCAUUUACGUCCACCCGAGCGGGCAGCUGGGAUCUUGGUUUCAUUGUCUCAUCCGAAAAGCUCCGAAUGUGCAGCACUCCCUCGGUACUGUGCUGGAGUGUCACCCUGGAUUCUUGGGUUCAGCACCGGAAUUGAAACUUGAACCUGUGAUCUCGGGAUUCAAAGGUGGGAGUACAACUAACUCAGACACUAACAGCUGACGCCAGGGAAAGACUGACUUCAGUUUUGAACCUCAUGGCCACUGAGUACUGUGGCGCAGAACGAUGUGCCGCAAAAGGCAGUGCAACCAUAUCUAGAUUAUUUGCCGUCUUGGUUUCGAGAUUUAUGUCAGCCAGAAUUUUUUUGAAUAAUGCCAUGAGGUCCUUUGUGUUCGCUUGAAAUGGGGCCUCGUAUUAACACCUUGUUCAAAAGAUAGUACCCCUGACAAUGCAGCACUCGCUAUAAGUAUCAGCCUAGACUUUAGUUUUGAACCACAUCUGUCUUCCCAACUCAGCUGUCCUCUGAGCAUCAAAUGACAUCAUUGCGUUAAUAUGCACUCCCUUGUACCUUGGUGCAGUUACGUUAAAUUGUGUUGUUUCAACCCCUAGAUGAUACAUGUGAAUCUGUAUGUGCGGAGUUUGCAAUUUCUACCAGUGUCUACAUGUGGGUUUGCUGUGGGUGCUCUGGUUUCCUCCCAGUGUUCAAGGAUGUGCAGGCUAGGUGGAUUGGUCGUGCUCAGUUACUCUGUGGUUUCCAGGGAUGGGCAGGAUGGGUGGCUUAGCCAUGGUAACUGUGGGGUUAAAGGGAUAGGGUUGGGGGCUAGGUCUGGAUGCUCGGUGCUGACUUGAUGGGCCAAUAUGGCUCUUUCUGCACUGUAGGGAUCCUAUAAUGACUGCCGCAGCAGAAAGCAAGGAACAUGCAUCACACCCUUAAUUCAUCACCUUUCCAGCUAUUAAUAGCAAGAGUUAUACUCAAAGAAAUUUAAAAAAUUAAAGUUUGCAGUAAAAUGAACACUAUAACCUAAACUAAGAGAGCUCACUGUGUUCUUCAGCAAUACCUCCCAAAUGUGAAGGACCAUGGCAGCAUGUCUUACAGGAGCUUCCAAAGUUGCCCUUGAAAUUGACACACAAUGCUGAUUUGGGAAGACUCUGCCAUUUGCCUUCAUUGUUGCUGGAUCAAAGUUAUAGAAACUUACUAGUAAAGUGUGUGGGUGUGUGGUUCAUUUGCACAGGACAUUGGUGAGGCCUUUUCUGGAAUACUGUGUCCGAUCCUGGUCGUUCAGUUGCGGGAAGGACGUUAGCUGGAGAGGAUUCAGGAGAGAUUUGCCAGGAUGUUGCCAGGUAUGGAGGGGGUUUUGACUCAUGGAGAAAGGCUGGAUUGGCAGGGAAUUUUAUUUCACUGGAGUGUAGGAGGUUGAGAGGUGACCCAAUAAAAGCUUAUACAUUAGUGAGAGGUACAGGUAGAGUUAGUGGUAGUUGUCUCUUCCCUAGGAAGGGGGAUUUCAAAGCUAGGACCUGUAUUUUUAACAUGAAAGGAGAGAGAUUUCAAAAGGACAACAUUUUUACACAGAGUGGUCCGUGUGAGGAAGUGAUGGAUGCAGGUACAGCUACAAUGUUUAGAAGACAUUUCAAUAAGGACAUGAAUAAGAAAUGUCUGGGGGCAUAUGGGCUAAGCGCGUGCAGGUGGGACUAACGUAGUUUGAGAUUAUGGUUGGCACGGACUGGUUAGACCAAAAAGGCCUGUUUCUGUGCUGCAAGAAUCCGUGUAGUCCCUCCCCAUUGUCAUGACAAUGUCGGGAUGGACAACAGAUAUUGGCCUUGUCACAGAGAACAAGGAAGGAGAUUAAGUGAACAGCUUUCCCUGGUUUUGGGGGGUGAGCUUGUCACAUGCUGAUAUUGCUUUUAGCUCUCCACCCAACCCAGAUCCUGUAGACUCCCUCAAUCACUUGAUUCCGAGAGGUGUUACCUUGUGCACAGAGUGAAUGUGAAUCUGAGUGAAGAAUUCAGGUGAUCUCUUCCACGGUCCUGCAUUUUCUGAGCAGUCUGGGACUCUUCCAAGAAUCCUAAUUCUAAGGUUUUGGAGUAGAUCUGUAGCUCGGGUUGUGGGUGUUGAGGUUGGUUGGCUCGCCAAGCUGGUUUGUUGUUCUGCAGACGUUUCGUUACCGUGCCUGGUAACAUCCUCAGUGCAGCCUCUGAUGAAGUGUUGGUGUGUUUAACGGCCUGGUUUGACUUCGAUUGGGACAACACUAAGAUCCUGGGACAGGCUAGGCAGAGACACGCAUGAGAAUUCCUUGAAGCAUGGCACUCCAUGAAGCAGGCUAUUAAUCAGCACAUUGAACUCAACCCCAUAUACAUUCCACUACGGAAGAAACCCGGAAGUGAGGCAAUCCAUCACAACGGACCCCAGAGUUUAAAAACCAGGCGGGAAAACACACCGAUGCUUCAUCAGAGG